GCCCCGCCUCGCGGCUGCCCGACCGCCUGUCCCGGGUUAGGCUGCGCCUGUCAGUGGGGGCGGUGGGAUGGCGGCGCUUUACGCUUGUACCAAGUGCCACCAGCGCUUCUCCUUCGAGGCGCUGAGCCAGGGGCAGCAGCUGUGCAAGGAGUGUCGAAUUGCGCAUCCCAUUGUCAAAUGCACUUACUGUAGGACCGAAUUCCAACAGGAAAGUAAAACCAACACAAUAUGCAAGAAAUGUGCUCAGAACGUGAAGCUCUAUGGAACGCCAAAACCAUGCCAGUACUGCAACAUAAUAGCAGCAUUUAUUGGCAACAAGUGCCAGCGCUGUACGAACUCAGAGAAGAAGUAUGGGCCACCCCUCUCCUGUGAACAGUGCAAGCAACAGUGUGCAUUCGACAGGAAGGAUGAUAGAAAGAAGGUGGACGGGAAGCUGCUGUGCUGGCUGUGUACAUUGUCCUACAAACGGGUCCUACAGAAGACCAAAGAGCAACGCAAACAUCUAAGCAGCUCUUCACGGACAAGCCUGCAAGAGAAGGAGCAGUUCAGCAGGCUCAGCAGUGGCAGCCACUACAACAGCCAGAAAACCUUAUCCACCUCCUCUAUUCAGAACGAAAUUCCAAAGAAGAAACCCAAGUUUGAAGCCAUAUCAGCCAAUGGUGACAGCGUUCCUUCCUCUCCCGAGAUGCUUUGCCCCCCUACCCAGAGUGCCCCGUCCGUGUUGGUGCAGUGGGCUGCUUCCCAACAGAGUCCCGGUGCCCAUCAUUAUCCUGUUUCUCAAGGCACUGACGUCCUGAACUUUUCUCCAGACCUUGCCCUGGACUCUCCUGGCACGGACCAUUUCGUUAUUAUCGCCCAGCUGAAGGAAGAAGUGGCCACUCUGAAAAAGAUGCUGCACCAGAAAGAUCAGAUGAUCUUGGAGAAAGAGAAGAAGGUACAGCCCUGGACCGCUUCCACACAAAAACUGCAGAGGGAAUUAUGGACAACUUACUUAAAGAUCACAGAGCUAAAGGCCGACCUGCAGUACCAGGAAUCCCAGAUGAGGGCAAAAAUGAACCAAAUGGAGAAGACACACAAGGAAGUCAUGGAGCAGUUACAGGCCAAGAACAGAGAACUCCUGAAGCAAGCAGCUGCCCUAUCCAAGGGCAAAAAGCCUGAGAAGUCAGGAGCAAUAACCUCCCCUUAAAACAAACUGGGAGCUUCCCCAGCAUUAACCCAGGAGGCCUGUCUGUUCGGCUGGAAUCCAAACCUCAGUCUUGUUACUUUCCUAUCGCUAUGGACUCGAUGGAACGCCUGGUGUCUGUUGCCUUUCGACAGCAUGUUUGAGUGUGUCUGGUUUCAAUAUCUGUUGAAUACUGUUAUAUAGCACAGUGAUCCACGGGGAGCGGCGUACCCGCACAGCUUGCUGUCCCCCAGGCCCUGGAACUAAUGGUCUCCAGAAGAGACCUGUUUGGAAAACAGGUAUUACCACUGCCACUUCAUACUUUAGAAAACAGGGAUCCUGUUUUGUUGGAGACCCGUCUCUGCAGUUUAAAAUCUGCUGGGCUGAGGCACAGUCCGUUGUUGGCUGUUUUUCAGGCUUGCCAAGAGCUUUGGGGGGCACGGUGGGAGCUUUAUUUUCAAGUGUUUUGUUCCUCCUUUCAAGGGAAGCUCUGAAAUCGCCUUCCCCAGAGAGAGAGCAGGGCGCAGCACACUGAUCUGCCUGGAGCAGUUAAGCUAUCUUUCAAAAACUGUUCCAAAAUCCGGGCUAGAGAUUUUUUUUAAAUAUUGGCUUGGCAAACCUAACUGCCUGUUUUGAUCACUUUUGGUUUGAGAGUCUUACAGAAUAAUUGCGCAUAACCAUAUGGUGGCCCUGUGGGGCUCUGGUUAGUGGCUUGGGCUAAUCUAACUUCGCUGGCACUGCUUUCUGCAGUAAAGGCAGAAGGAGAGCUUGAGGCUGUCUUAGACAUGCUCUCCCCUCCCCAGUCCCGGAUCAAGUUGAUCCUUUUACAUCUUCUCCUCUCCACUCCGCUUCACUGACGUCAGAUGUAGGAUGAGGCUGGUUACAAGAAGUGAGUUCAGUCAGGUCAGUAAUGACACAAAGUAGGAAGUGCUUCUUGGGUGCUGGGCAGAGAAGCCCCCAACCUCCAUUCCCAACAAAAGCCAGCAGGAUAAAGAGGAGAGCUGAGCUAUGCAGCUCUCUGAGCCCUGCCCUCAGGGCAUCUCUUAGAGGGGGAUAAAAAGCACUCUGCCAUUAGGGGGAAAUGUGCAGAUGGGCUCUCAAGUCAGCAGGUUCCAGGCCAGGUUACUCCAUGGAAUCCCGGUGGCCAGCCCUAUUCACACAAGGUGGAGAGAGCGCUCAGGGGUUGGAGACCCUACCUCAGGGGAGUAGGGGAAGGAAACGACCUUAAUGUAGACAGGCACCAAAUGGAAAGAGAUGAGACACUGACCCUUUGAGACAGGGCUCGCGGCUCUAGCUGGGUUUUUAUUAAUCUUUUUAAGUAGAGAGUUGCCAUUUUUUUUUAUUAAGAUGAAUUUAUUCAAUGGCACUUUUCAGACGUUGUUAGCUUUGAGCGUGGAAGAGCACAUUGAAGCAUCAGAUACUGUCGCGUGGUUUUGGUUUUGGUUUUUAAAAAGACUUUAGGAUGCUAAGAAAUCAUUGCACUCUGCCAGAGUGUGACAGCCGGAAAAAAAAAACCCCAUCUAAUUUUAUACUUCACAUAUUUUUAGAAAAAGUCUGAAAUGUAUCAAUGGGAUUUUUUUUUUUAAAUGAGGGCUUUGCUUCUUAGCUUCCCUCAGGACACACAAAUAAUAAUAGAAGGAGAAGGGCCUUGUAUAUACAAUGUUGGGGUUUUUUUUAAUUGUGACACAUUGAUCAUGCAACUGAGUAGCUGAUGUUUUGUAGUAAUAACGUCGUUUCUUUGUAUGUUUGUAAUAAUGGAGAUUUUAAAGGGAUGCUUUGAUUUGUACAAAACUCCGACAAACGUUAAAAGUGUUUUAAACAAAAUCCUCUUGAUCUGUGUGAU